UUUGAUUUGCACAAUAACCUUUCUUCGGUUAACACCCUAAUAAUUAACUUUCUUAUGAAGGCUUAGAUCAAGAGGUGGAAGGCACAAAAGACUUAAGUUGUGGAUUCCUCGCAGGGUGCCGCGGGCGGCCAGCCGCCUGUGGAACCAGUUAAGAUGAAGGGCCUUCUCAAGGGCCUGCGAUACAUCUCGCAAAUAUUCGACCCCAAGGAGCCGGAGAUCCAGAUCGGGGCGCCGACGGACGUGAAGCACGUCGCGCACAUCGGCUGGGACAACAACUCCGUCGCCAACCCCGCCUGGAUGAACGAGUUCAAGUCGCAGGCGGGAGCGUCGGGGAGCGGCGGGCCCGAGGGCGCGGGGGGGUCGGGGAGCGGCGAGGGGAAGCGGGAAGGGCGGCGGACGGUGAAGGCGGAGGCCUCGGCGGAGGGCGGAGAGGGGGAGGCGGCGGCGCCGAAGCCGCGGCGGAGGAAGCCCAAGACGUCCGGGGGCGGCUCGGGGUCGGGGAGCCGGUCCAAGCCGGGAUCGGGGGGAGCCGCGUCGGAGUCGUCCGCCGCGGAGGCGGAGGAGGGGUGAAGCGCGCCGCCUCGCCUCGCCGCGCCGCGCGCUGCUCGCUGGUACAUACGGGGAGAAGCCUUUUUUUUUUUUUUUUUUGAAUUUGAACUUGAUUUUCGUUGGGCCUCUGGAGGAGCACAGGAUUUUCGUUGGGCCUUUUUUUUACCUGUUUUUUUCUUUAUAUAAUGCUGCGUUGUUUGUUUUGAGCCGGUGUUUGGAACCGACUGCUUUUAGAAGAUGAUUUAUGGCGGUGUAAUGUGUGUGUGUAGAUGUGGAAAUGGGCCAUCUGUAAUGUGUGCUUAGCGUGUGUUAUCUCUACUCCUAAUGGACGACUUGGUGAAUAGUCCGCGCGGUUUAUUUUCGCUGGUUUAUUUUCAUCAUCCUCCCAUCUCUGUUUUAUUUUCGUCAUUCCUCCCACCUCCGUUAACUCGCUAUCCUUCUGCGAAAAAAACCGGUGCCAAAAAAAAACCAA